GUUUCUCUCUGGCGUCUAUAGUCUGCAUUGACAGAAGGAGCCUCGGGAAACACGCACAAAUCUCCACUCGCUCUUCAAGAACGAAGAACUUUUCCUCUUUUCUCCCGUGACACGCGCACAAGGAAGAUGUUGGCGUGCGACUAUACGAAUGCGCUGAUCGCCAUAGUGAUGAUCAUGCCAUUCGUGUAUGAAUUCAGCCAUCGCUUUAGGUUGUACCUGAAGUUCUUCCUGUUCUACGCCAGUGUGAUGCUCUGCUCUGUCCUCUGCAUCCCCUUCAUCAUCUGGCGCCCCGGAGACGUUAGGAACACCUUGAUAGCAACACUUCCCCUUCAGUUGUUGAAUCCAUUGCUCGGUUUACACUGGGAGGUGAAAGGACAAGAGCACAUCACGGUGGAUCGCGCUGCCAUUGUCGUGGCCAAUCAUCAGAGCUCCGUGGACUUUUUAGGCAUGGUGUACAUGUGGCCAAUGUUUGAGAAGAUCACAGCCAUUGCUAAGAAGGAGCUUUUCUAUGCCAUGCCAUUUGGUAUGACAGCCUGGCUCUGUGGCACUCGGUUCAUUGAUCGCGGGAACCCAGAGAGGGCAAAGAUGUCAAUGAACAAAGCCCUUGAAUAUGUAACAGAAGAGAAGGUCAAGUUAUGGGUCUUUCCUGAGGGCACAAGGAGUAUGGCAGAUGAAAUGCUGCCAUUCAAAAAGGGCGCUUUCCACCUUGCUAUCGAGGGGCAGCUGCCAGUCCUUCCUGUUGUUUAUUCAUCCUACAGAGGUUUUCUCAAUCAUUCAUUAAAGAUUUUCAACCCAG